UGCCGAUAAUAUACUCUUUUAUUCCAUAGGACCUCGAACAGGAGAGGUGAAGAGAGUGACAAAAGAAACGAAUGUCUCUGUUAGAAUAAACUUAGAUGGAUCUGGAAUAGCUGAUAGCCAAACCAGUAUUCCGUUCCUUGACCAUAUGCUAGAUCAACUGGCUUCUCAUGGAUUAUUUGAUGUUCAUGUAAGAGCUACUGGAGAUAUUCACAUUGAUGAUCAUCAUACAAAUGAAGAUGUCGCGCUUGCCAUUGGAUCGGCUUUGCUUCAGGCACUGGGUGAUAGAAAAGGGAUAAACAGGUUUGGUGAUUUCUCAGCUCCACUUGAUGAAGCAUUGAUACAUGUUGCCUUGGAUUUAUCUGGAAGACCACACUUAAGUUAUGAUUUGCAAAUUCCUACUCAAAGGGUGGGAACAUAUGACACACAGCUUGUGGAGCACUUUUUCCAAUCUUUGGUUAAUACUUCUGGUAUGACGCUUCACAUCAGACAGCUUGGUGGAAAAAAUUCUCAUCACAUAAUUGAGGCAACAUUCAAGGCUUUUGCUAGGGCUCUCCGGCAGGCAACAGAAUUCGACCCACGUCGCGGUGGGACUGUGCCAAGCUCAAAAGGGGUUCUCUCGCGAUCUUGAUUCUACAUCCUCAGUUUCAACCAAAUGUAAUUUGUUUGAACUGCUGAAUCUCUUGAGUGUGUAACCAUAGGAUAAAUUAUAGAUUCCAUUAUUUUCUCUUCAAGCUAUUUAGAGAAAUGUAACAAUGCUUGACAUGAUGCAGAACAAGGCUAAAAGCAAAUAAAUAAACUUUUAGUGCUCCUUUAAACAUACUUU